UCUAAACGUAUCACGCCCCCACAAAACGGCCAUGCGGGACUAACUUCCUUUUCGCGAUGCUGUUGCUUUUAAUUCGAUUGCUGCUGGUGCGAGAUUCGGGCGCCUGCUGGUUUGCCUUGGCGAAUGCUGGCAUGGUCGCUCGCACCGAGCGAGUGCGAUCCUGAAGGGCGCGCACGGUUUGCGUGUGGGUUCUGGAGAUCGAGAUUUGAUCCUUAGGGUUUGGACGGAUGGGCUCCGGGAAGGCCGUGGCAUCUCGCUUCGCCGUGGACUUGCACCCAUCAAUCAGAGAGCUUAAGGAGAAACAUCAAAGGGAUUUACAGAAUUUGACUUUGGCAACUCAACCAUUCAAGAUUUUGCAGCUAUUUGUGUUUGCUACACUAAAAUAUCUUAAACAGUGGCUUGUAUAUGUUUUAAAGAAAGGUGGUUGGAUUAUGGCUUUGACUUUCUUAUUAGCUGCUAUUGGUUUCAUUCUUGCAAAUGAUGAUAGCACCAGUGAGAAGCAUAUUCAAGAAUUACUUCGCUAUACAAGAUAUGUUUUGUGGUGGGUGACACUUGGUGUGGCAUCCUCGAUUGGGUUGGGAUCUGGUUUGCAUACAUUUGUCUUGUACUUGGGCCCCCAUAUUGCAUUUUUCACUAUCAAGGCUUUGAAGUGUGGUCGAGUAGAUCUCAAGACUGCUCCAUAUGAUACCAUAGUGUUGAAAAGACGACCUUCGUGGCUUGAAAAGAAGUGUUCUGAGUUUGGACCACCAGUAUUUCCUUUAUCAUCUGGAACUUUAGUUAGGGUUCCAAUCAGCAACAUUCUCCCUCAUGUUCAGUUGGAAGCGGUUCUUUGGGGUUUGGGCACUGCUAUUGGAGAGCUUCCACCAUAUUUUAUCUCAAGAGCUGCACGCUUGUCUGGAAGCAAAAUGGAAAUGGAGGAACUGAGUGAAGCACCAUCAGAUGGGUUAAUUUCUGCUUCCCUGAGGCAAAUUAAGCGCUGGUUCUUCACUCAUUUCCAGCAUCUUAACUUUUUAACUGUUUUGAUACUUGCUUCAGUACCAAACCCUCUUUUUGAUCUUGCGGGUAUUAUGUGCGGGCAAUUUGGGAUCCCAUUUUGGAAAUUCUUCCUAGCAACCUUGAUUGGCAAGGCUUUGAUAAAGACUCAUAUUCAGACAGUAUUCAUUAUUUCUCUGUUCAAUAAUCAACUCUUGGAAUGGCUGGAGAAUGAGUUAUGCAUUCAGUUAGCGAGAACCUAG